AUGCCUCAGUACCAAAGUCAUGCACGGUAUCAUGAACGAACAGAACAAUACUGCUUGCACGUUUAUAGCAUUCUACUGAUGGAAAAGUAUUUUGUUACAGGCGUGAUUCUCUUAACCCUUUCAGCAAAACUGCCCAGCCAGCCCCUGGCCCCGGCCGCGCCUCGCACGCGCUGGAGCUGCAGCUGCUGUGCAGACGCCCUUCCGCUGCGAGGGUGCGGCAGUCUCGGACCGAGCGCCUCCAGUCCUGCAGGAGGCGAACUCGGGCUUCCCCGGACUUCCCUGGGAGGCGUCCUUGGGAACGCGCGCCCGGCGAGUCCCUGCCGGCGGGGACCCGAGGUCUGCGACCUCGGCCGACCUGAUCUCAGGCGCAGCAGCGCAGACCUGGCCGCCGUAUCCCCUCUGGCUGGGAUGCGGACCCACGCGGGAAAGGCUGAAAGGCGGCGAGGCGGCGGGAGGGAGCGUGUGAAUUCACCCUGGAUCCUCGCGGGCGGUGCGAGCGACGCGACCUGGACGCCUCUCCUGGAUAUUGUAAAUAGAUCUGCUUGUGAGGCUCACGACUGGGAGCCUGUCACUCUGCCCCAGUUCGACCCGGCCCCGGCGCCCGCCCGCGUCCUGCGGAGGUCCCUGAGCCCGCGCGCGGCUGCAGGAGUCUCGGGGCCGCAUCCCGGGCCAGCGCGGGCGGCGGGAGAGCGUUGUCUGUGAACGGCCCAGGGUACAUUCCUUCUGUGGGGAAGAGUUCCUUAGAGUUCAGCAGGAAUUAUCAGUACAUUGAUGAGUAGAGCCUGUGAGAGAUGUGCAGCGUGAGAAAGCCAGCUCUUCCAAUGCGUGUCAGUGUGCUAAUGCCAUCUCAUGGAACAGAAAUUUGGCGGAUAUACUCCUGGAGAUCAAGUUUGGCGGAUCAAAAUUCUGUGAUCUGUUUUGAUGGUAGUGCACUAGUCAUCCAGUCUCCGUUCACGUUUGCAAGAAA